UUGCUUUUGGCAGGUAUAGCAAGCACACCCCCUUCAGCCAUCGAGCCUCAGUUAGCAUCUCUAGCUAGCUGCUAUAGCUCUUCUCCACGUUUAGCUUUCAAUAAUCCAUCGUCUCUGCAGCAGGUAGCCAGCAGACACCACUUCACAAGCAGGAUGGCAAUGAACUCUGGUUGUUGUUUUGCCAGGGUCCCAGCCCUAUGAAAGCGCGUUACGUUUACGCAGUGCUCUUUCUACUGGCCAACUUGUGUGCGUGGCUCAUGCGAGAGAACCGUAUAUCAUAUUACUUAGCGCAGCGGGGCAACGCCCGCUGUCACGGUGACCAGGGCUGUCUCGCGGCUCAGAGCGUGCUGACAAUUAGCCAGACUUUCUGUAUGUUUUUCGUGGGCAUGCUAAUAUCCACUGUGACCACGACCAAGUUGAAUGACCGCAGAAAUUCAUGGCACUGCGGGUGGUGGCCGGUGAAGGUUGCCCUGAUUAUAGGUUGUUUCUUCUUCUCUCAGGUUGUUCCAUCCGGUUGGAUCGAAACCUACGGGAAAGUUGCGCAGGUUGGAGCAGGGGUAUUUCUUGUACUUCAGCUUAUGUCUACCAUAAGAUUUAUCACACAGCUGAACUACAAAUUAUGCGAGACCAAUUUUGAAGAAAGGUACAUCCGUGUCAUCGCAAUCUCUGGUACUGCCAUCCUCACAUUUUUGGGAUUGAUAGUAUUCUUGAGCCUAAAGUUUGUACAGUGUUGGCACAAUAUGGAGCUCAUUGUCAUCACAAUGGUGCUAUUUUUCAUCAUGUGUGGAGUCUCACUAAUGUCCAAGGCUAACAAAUUUUUCAUGGAGCCUGCAUUAAUUGGUGGGUACGCUACUUUCAUAUGCCUGUUAGCGAUUACAAGUGAACCUGAGUCAGGAUGCGACAUAAAAUGCAAAGCAGGUUCAGUUGCUGGUUGGUUAACCAUUUCCUUUUUUGUUUCUGGACUCCUCGGCACUGUUUAUUCUGCUUUUACUAUGGGCACCGGCUACAAAUGUACACGAAACACGUUGGAGUCGGAAGACAAUGUACCAUAUGGGUACGGUUUUUUUCAUUUCAUCUUCAUGUCGGGCUGCAUGUACUUUGGAAUGAUGUUUGUUGCCUGGGACACACAUCAUACCAUGGAAGAAUGGAACGUAGAUAUUGGGUGGAUCAGCACAUGGAUCCAUAUCGCUAGCGAGGCUCUGGUGGUAGUAUCCUACUUAACGAUACUGCUGGCCAGAAUUUUGGGAGUAGACUGGCUCCAACACUUCCUCGCAAAGAUCUUUGGAACAGAUGACCAGCUCCACGGCGAUGAAUCCCAUACGACGAUCGUGCAUGGUGAUGAAUCCGAGACGACGACCGUGCAUGGUGAUGAAUUCAAGACGACGACCGUGCAUGGUGAUGAAUCCGAGACGAGGACCGUGCAUGGUGAUGAAUCCGAGACGACGACCGUGCAUGGUGAUGAAUCCGAGACGACGAACACGCAUGUCACAUCGUCGUCCUCUUUGUAUCACACAGCGUCGCCCUCUUCGCUCUACUACUCCCCCGAGCAAUCACCGCCCAAUAACACUGACCAUCAACCUCCUCCGCCACCGCCUUCAUCGUCCUCCCCUCACACCAUAGAACUGCAAAUGUUCGAGAUACCAAACAUCGGUACCUCUGGCAUGAAUGAAGAGGAGGACGAUGAUGACCAUAUUAGAGAAUGGGAGAGUGAAUAAUUGGUCGCUCCGUAAUUAACAACUUGUAUUUCGACAUCCACUAGUAGAAAAGAGCUCUAAGGUGGCGGCAUGUAGAAAUUUAUACUGACGGUUUCAGUUACAGCAUGCUAGUGAAAAUAAACAGGUGGCCCUGCCUUAAGGAACCACCAGUCUAAAAAUAUACACUAGCGGUUCACUUAACUGAACC